AUGUCGUUCCUCGCCAACCUCUGCGGUUGCUUCGUCUGCAACCACAAGACCACGCCCUCUUCCUCUUCUUCACGCCCGGAGAUGCAAGUCUCCCGGGGCCCAACCCACCCCCGCAGCGGAGUGCCAACUGGCCACUUCACUCUCUCCGCUGAGGGUGACUUUGUCCGCCGUGCUGUCGACAACGAGAUUGGCGCCGAGUACGGGCCGCACACCACUGGCUCGGGGUAUACCACUGUGGUCCCGCUGCCGCAGUACACGCCGCGGCCUAUGAGUGCUCACGAGAAAACCCUCGAGGCUCACAUGCGUGACCCGUCGGUCUCUUCGUCUGAAUAUUUCACGGAUGAAAAGAACCGGAAUCUCUACGACGAAGAAGAAGUUACCUCGGACGGCUCUUCCGCCAUCUCUUUUCCGAGUAGCUACGGAAAUACGUCGACGGCAACCAGGGAAACACCCCCGCCGCCGUACUCCCCGCGUAAUUCUGCGGUAUUCUCUCGCUCGCGCUCCGUGUCUGUGUCGUCUGCGGUGGCGGUAGCUAUUAACCCGCCGCCGUUGGCUCGGGUAGCUGGCGUGCAUCACGGUCGUCUUGCUCGUUCUGAGGCGGACGAUCAGUCUCUUCGUCGCCAUCGACGAAUUUCCUGGGAGAGUCGUUAG